AGAAGGGAGACUGAUGUGAGUUUAUUCCGCUGCAGCCUUUGCACCUCGACGGCCCCCGUCUGCUGAUAGUGCUCAUUAUUCUCAAUUUGGGUGAAAUGAACAUUUUGUUUUUUGUCAACCCAGGGUUAAGUGGCUUUAAUUUUGAUAAACUUGGACAUCUUCCUCGGCUUCUGGAUGAUGCAGGUUAUCGGCCAAAGAUAUAAAAGCAAGCAGAAGGAGUAGGAGUCAGUAAAACAGUUAGCAAGAUUACGUUAAUGACACCACGCAAGCAACUCGAGCACUUGUGCGGCCUCUUAAAUACCAGCUAGUUUUCAUUGGCAGUUUUGAAGUCGGAGAAAACGUAGAUGGACGGUUAAGCAGCGCGUGCGAGGAAAACAGAAGGGGAGACGGGGGUUAAAGUGGAGCUGACUUCUAUGAGCUUCGACAGAUCGAACAAGUCAGUCGACCGGAACGCGCCUGGUUGGCCACACAAUACAUGUAACAUCAUAUUAAUCGUCGGCCGUAUUUCCUUAACUAACUAGAAGACUGCGUUCAAAAAUCUAGUCCCUGUUUAUUAGUCAAAAACCGCGACGCAGCACGAGUCGAUGGUGCCAUCUUCUUUAAUUUGCUGUCAUCUCGUCUAAUUUUCAUCUUUAUGCAAAUUCUGAUUAUCGCUAGUGCAGUCAGGCAGAGGAGCUGACUCGAUACCAAGUCGAGGAACAAAAGCGGUUUCCAUUUAAGCUGAGAAUGCAUUGAGAGGCCGGCUCAUAAACGGCAACGGGAUAUAUAUAUAUGACAACAUCACGAUAAUUGAACAACUGAUUUAUACCAUAGAGAAGAUCAUUAAUUUUGGAUUGUGCUUUCAUGGACAUAAGGCAGGCAUUAUUUUUGUUGGUGCAGAAAAAUUCGGUAGGGUAAACAGGUCCCAAUAACUCACCGCUAAUGGACUAGCAGCGUGAAGAAGCAAUAUUAAUAGAGUUGCCGCUACUACCGGUUGAUGUCUAGAGGGGAAUUAUUUGUUGUGCAGACGGCUUCAGUGCUUUCGGGUCGAGGGAAGUCCACUGGACGACACUUCUAAUCGAAAGUUUUGCCAUCAGAGAAAAACAGAAGUUUUGAGAAGAACGACAAAAACCACUAUGUCUUCCGGAUCAGAAUCGGACGACAGCUGCAAGGAAACUUGUAUGGACAUAUCAACAUCGCCUUCAUCGUCAGAUUUUUAUGAGCCCAUCAAGAAACUAGCGAGCGUGCAGCUUUUUCCUCCAAGAAAUCCGGAGAAACCUUUCACUCCGUUUUCCAUUAGUGACAUUCUAGCUCCAAGAGACAAUAAGCCAUAUAUAACCAAUAACAAUAACAACAAUAACAGUAGUAGCACCAACAAUAACAAUGUACAUUUUGUCCGGCCGUGGGACACAAGUAGCACCAGUAGCAGUAAUGGGCAUAUUGCUGAGGACGAGGAGGAAGAUGAAGAUAUUGAGAUAGACAUUGUUGACAAUGACAAGGCUAUUUUAGACAGGGUGAAGCCAUCGCCAUUAGAUGCACUUUUCCAAAUGACAAGUAAAACAUUUGAGGGUCUCGAUGCCCAUGGCAAUCUACGAGAAGAAUCCUCUCGGCGGGACCAUUUGUCGGUGUUCAGCAAGCAGCCAGCUUCAAAAAAGAGGAGAAAAUCCCGCACUGCUUUCACAAAUCAACAAAUCUAUGAACUCGAAAAGAGAUUUUUGUAUCAAAAAUACCUGACACCCGCUGACAGGGAUGAGAUUGCUCAAACUUUAGGACUUUCGAACGCACAAGUGAUAACCUGGUUCCAGAACAGGAGGGCUAAACUGAAACGAGACCUCGAGGAACUGAAGGCUGACGUCACGGCCACAGCGAAAGUACACCCAGUGCACAAGGUGCUGAUGGAGCAAGUUGAAGACAUGAACGCAAAACGGAACGAAAUUCUAAAAAAGAAAGAAGAAGCGGCCAAAAGACUGGCCCUAAAUAUAACAAAAGACGAUUUUAAGGAAUAAUGAAUGGGUUUUGUUGUGGGUGUUUUUAAUGAUGCACAUAGUGAAAAAUAAUCCCAACUGCACGUCAUUGUAUCCACGUCGUUCCCAAUAUUGAAAGAAAACAGCGCCAACCUGACCGCAGCGGAUUAUUGAACCAGAACGCGCAAAAAAAUCAGACGAGCACGUGAUUUAGUGCAUUCGUUGCUAUAUUUUAUUGGUGCUAAGCAUUCUCGAAAGACGAUACGUAAAAAUAAUGCAGUGCUAGUUACUGUAUUUGGUGCUUCUUAUACUCGGUACCGUGUAAAUUCAUUUUGCUGUGCAAGCGGUGUCGAAGCCAUUGUUAUACGGUGGGGGGCCCACCUUGACAAUAUGCAUUUAGACAUAUUCUUUGUGAACGAGACGGCAUUCGAUUUGUGGUUUGUAUGACAAAGUCUAAUAAAGGGUUAGUAUGUCUUGCAGAAUACUAUUUUAAUAGCUUUGUUUUUUAAUUGGUGGAUGACAAAAGAUCAAAGGUGGCCUGGAUUUUGACAUUCCGCACGUGCUCCUUUCUCCAUGAAUUGAUCUCUUACUUUAUGUUCCGUCAAGCGUUUUUUAUGACAAGGCCUUGAAAAAGACAUGCGAACUCAACAUAAAGCA